CCUCCUCUCUCUCCACCCCCACCCUCCAUUUCUCUCUCUCUCCCUUAUUUUUCCUUCUUCGGCUGCGGCAGCCAUUGACGAGCUAUCUUGAACUUCCUCUCACCAACCCCUGUGGCUUCUCUAGUUCCUCUGUCCAUAAAUCCUGGAAUUCAAUUCAAUCUGUCUCCCGUUGCUUGUCCCUUUUUCACCGUCCCCAUCAGUAUCACCUCGGAUAUUCAGGGCGGCCUUUUAAAGAUCCUUCCGCGAGGCCUUUUUCUUGCUGUGGCGACCUCACUGAACACUCCCAACCUUCAUUUCUCCUGCCUAUUUCAUGAUUUAAGCUCAGACCACAAUCACAGGACCCUAAAAGAGGUUUUAGUUUCUCGCUUUUUUGCACUCCUGUUCUUGUUCGAGAGGGGAGAGGGAGAAGGAGAAGUGAAGCCAUCAUGGGUAGCAGAUGUUUUCCUCCUCCGUCCGUUCUGACGAUUCCUACGAGCAAUUCCUACAAAUCUGAUAAGCCCUGUAUCUUCUUCUACUCAAAGAAGCACUCCAGGUUUCUUAAGAAACCUCUUCGAGUUGCCUUGCCCGCCUGCUCGGCCGGCGGCGCGAGGGAACCGAACUCGGGAAGCGAAAAUGGGGUGGGAUUCAACCUUCCCACGAGCGAGAGUGCGGCCUUCCGGACCUUUGAGUUCGUCGGUGAUGGAGCUCGAAGGGGCAGGAGGAAUGACAUCAAGAAGAUUUUGAUUCUUGGUGCUGGGCCGAUCGUCAUCGGUCAAGCUUGCGAGUUCGAUUACUCGGGAACUCAGGCCUGCAAGGCUUUGAAGGAAGAAGGGUACGAUGUCGUUCUGAUUAAUUCGAAUCCGGCGACGAUCAUGACCGAUCCGGAGACGGCUGACAGAACCUACAUUACUCCGAUGACACCGGAGUUGGUCGAACAGGUGAUCGAGAAGGAGCGCCCCGACGCAAUUCUGCCCACGAUGGGCGGACAGACUGCUCUGAAUUUAGCAGUGGCGUUGGCGGAGAGUGGGGUUCUGGACAAGUACGGCGUUGAGUUGAUCGGGGCGAAGCUCGGCGCCAUCAAGAAGGCGGAAGACAGGGACUUGUUCAAGCAAGCCAUGGAGAACAUUGGCAUCAAGACGCCACCUUCUGGGAUUGGAACCACUCUGGAAGAGUGUCUGGAGAUAGCCGAUUGGAUUGGAGAGUUUCCACUUAUAAUCCGGCCGGCUUUUACGUUAGGUGGUACUGGUGGCGGGAUCGCUUACAACAGAGAGGAGUUUGAGACGAUAUGCAAGGCAGGGCUUGCAGCAAGCUUGACGUCUCAGGUUCUCGUGGAAAAAUCGUUGCUGGGAUGGAAGGAAUAUGAGCUUGAGGUGAUGAGAGAUUUGGCUGACAAUGUGGUGAUCAUCUGCUCCAUUGAGAAUAUUGAUCCCAUGGGUGUCCAUACAGGCGACUCGAUCACGGUCGCCCCUGCUCAGACGCUCACAGAUAAGGAGUACCAGAGGUUGAGGGACUAUUCAGUUGCGAUCAUUCGGGAAAUUGGUGUGGAGUGUGGAGGAUCGAACGUCCAGUUUGCUGUUAAUCCUGCAGAUGGUGAAGUCAUGGUGAUUGAGAUGAAUCCUAGAGUGUCGAGGUCGUCGGCGUUGGCUUCCAAGGCCACCGGCUUUCCAAUAGCCAAGAUGGCAGCGAAGUUAUCCGUUGGGUACUCGCUGGACCAGAUUGCUAAUGACAUUACCAAGAAAACUCCUGCUAGUUUCGAGCCAUCCAUUGAUUAUGUGGUGACAAAGAUACCACGAUUUGCAUUUGAGAAAUUUCCUGGCUCUCAACCAGUUCUGACAACACAAAUGAAGUCUGUUGGUGAAGCUAUGGCCUUGGGCCGAACUUUCCAGGAGUCAUUCCAGAAAGCAGUUCGUUCCUUGGAAGCUGGUUAUGCUGGUUGGGGUUGUUCAAAUGCCAAGGAACUGGACUGGGACUAUGAGCAAUUGAAAUACAGCCUUCGUGUACCUAGUCCCGACCGCAUUCAUGCUUUAUAUGUUGCGAUGAAAAAGGGAAUGCAAAUUCAAGAAAUUCAUGAAAUUAGUUUCAUAGAUACAUGGUUCCUUACCCAGCUAAAAGAAUUAGUAGACGUGGAGCAGUUUUUGUUGGGAACAAGCUUGGAACGUCUAACAAAGCAGGACUUCUAUGAAGUGAAGAGGAGAGGUUUCAGUGAUAAGCAAAUUGCGUAUGCAACAUCAUCUACAGAGAAAGAAGUACGCGCAAGGCGUCUGUCACUUGGUGUGUUGCCUUCAUACAAAAGGGUUGACACUUGUGCUGCAGAGUUUGAGGCUCAUACACCAUAUAUGUACUCUUCAUAUGAGCACGAAUGUGAAUCGGAUCCAAGUCAAAAGAAAAAGGUGUUGAUACUGGGUGGAGGACCAAAUAGGAUUGGCCAGGGUAUUGAGUUUGAUUAUUGUUGCUGCCACACCUCAUUUGCUCUUCAGGAUGCCGGAUAUGAAACUAUUAUGAUGAACUCAAAUCCAGAAACUGUGUCUACGGACUAUGAUACAAGUGACCGUCUUUACUUUGAACCACUCACAGCGGAAGAUGUUAUGAAUGUCAUUGACUUGGAACGUCCAGAUGGCAUUAUUGUUCAGUUUGGUGGUCAGACACCACUAAAGCUGGCCCUGCCAAUCCAGCAUUACCUUGAUGAAUUUAAGCCCAUGUCAGCAAGUGGUAGUGGACCAGUGCGUAUUUGGGGCACCUCUCCUGAUUCCAUAGAUGCUGCUGAAGACAGAGAAAGGUUCAAUGCAAUUUUGAAUGAACUUGGUAUUGAACAACCACAAGGGGGUAUAGCAAAAAGUGAAGCUGAUGCACUAGCCAUUGCUGAGCAAAUAGGAUACCCGGUUGUUGUGAGACCAUCAUAUGUUUUAGGUGGACGGGCAAUGGAAAUUGUGUACAGUGAUGAGAAGCUAGUUAGGUACCUAGAGAAUGCUGUUGAAGUUGAUCCUUCACGGCCUGUUUUGGUUGACAGAUAUCUUUCAGAUGCAUGUGAAAUAGAUGUAGAUGCUCUUGCUGAUUCCCAAAAGAAUGUGGUUAUUGGUGGUAUAAUGGAGCACAUAGAGCAGGCUGGAGUACAUUCUGGUGAUUCGGCAUGCUCACUACCAACUAAAACUGUCCCAGCCUCCUGCUUGGAGACAAUUCGUACUUGGACAGUGAAGCUAGCAAAGCGGCUUAAUGUAUGCGGGCUGAUGAAUUGCCAGUAUGCCAUCACAGCAUCAGGUGAUGUUUUCCUCUUGGAGGCCAAUCCUCGUGCUUCUCGUACAGUUCCGUUUGUGUCAAAGGCUAUUGGUCAUCCACUUGCAAAGUAUGCUUCUCUUGUAAUGUCAGGCAAGUCUGUGUAUGAUCUUGGUUUCACGAAGGAGGUUAUCCCUGGCCAUGUUUCUGUGAAGGAGGCAGUGCUGCCAUUUGAGAAGUUUCAAGGCUGUGAUGUGCUGCUUGGUCCAGAAAUGCGUAGUACUGGGGAAGUCAUGGGAAUUGAUUUCCAAUUCCCAAUGGCUUUUGCAAAGGCUCAAAUAGCUGCAGGUCAGAGGCUUCCACUGUCUGGCACUGUUUUCAUUAGCUUGAAUGAGUUGACGAAAGUCCACUUGCUAGCAAUUGCUCGUGGAUUUUCCAGCUUGGGAUUUAGGAUAGUUGCUACUUCUGGUACAGCCACCAGACUUGAGUUGGAAGGGAUCCCAGUGGAGCGGGUCCUCAAGUUGCAUGAGGGGAGGCCACAUGCAGGUGAUAUGGUAGCAAACGGUCAAAUUCAAGUGAUGGUGAUAACUAGCUCUGAUGAUUCGCUUGAUCAGAUUGAUGGGCGGCAACUGAGGAGAAUGGCAUUAGCAUAUAAAGUCCCUAUCAUCACAACCGUAGCCGGAGCAUUGGCUACUGUGGAGGCAAUACGCAGCAUGAAGCAAAGUCCUGUCAAUAUGCUGGCUUUGCAAGAUUAUUUUAGUGUCCAAGGAAUAACUGGAAUUUCCGGUGAAGAACUGCAGCGGACUUCAUCUCUUGACCUUUGAAAACAAUGGCAACAUUUUCCUUAUUCCUCUUUACUUUAAUGUAAUGUGGUCCCUCCUUUUCAGCUUAAAUUUUGAGACCUUUAUAUAUUUUUAUAUGUUGUUCUCUAUAGAUAAGAUCUUGGGGCCUCAUUUUGCUAUUUGAUCAUCAAAAUAUCAAAUUUUUCGUGUAAAAACUUUUCUCCAUAAGCUAUAAGGUGACAAAGAGGAAGCUUUUAGGACA